GAAAGGACUGUGAGAUGUUUGCUGCUGGUCUCUGCCCUCUGCCUGGCUGGCUGCGAAGGCAACAAGAGUGAGCUGGUGAGCCCACACAGCCCGAGGCGAGGGGUUGUGCUCCGUCUCAAGAGGAGCCUGGACGCCUGCCUGCCAAACCCCUGCCGGCACCAGGGGGUCUGCCAGGUGACGAGGGGCAGACCACUUUGCAGCUGCAAACCAGGCUUCACCGGGGCGUUCUGCCAAGAUGUGGUAAUGAAGUUGGCCUGUGAGGAAGAGCACAUGAAGAUGAUGGUGAGGAAGGAGGUGUUUGAACUCUUGAAAAUCCCCCGGGAGCUUGUCCACUUGAAGAACCAGGCGUGCAAGGUCUCAGAAAGGGAAGAAGAGGGCAAGGUGUUUUUUGCAGCCAUUCUCACCGGUGAAAACCACACUGCCUGUGGAUCAAUAAUUGAGCAAAACAACUCCCAUGUGUCGUACUCCAACAUCAUGAAGUCAGAGCAGGAAGCGCACCAGGGCCUGAUCUCCCGGAGUUUUCAGCUGGAGGUGCAUUUCUCCUGCAUCUACGCCUACGAGCAGGUUGUGAAACUGCCCUUCGCUCUCACUGCUGUUGACAAGCUGGUGCAGUUCGUCGUCAGAGAAGGACACUUCAACGUCAGCAUGAGACUGUACAAGACCCGCUCCUACCUCCAGCCCUAUCACCUGCCGACGCCAGCCAUCCCCGUCACAGACAAAAAAAAAGGCCAGCACCAGCUCAAGUACUUCCUACUGAGCGUGGGGGACUGCUGGGCCACGCCGAGCGCAGAUCCCUACCAGCAGGUGCAGCACAAGCUCAUUGAGAAUGGGUGUCCCCACGACAACACGGUGACGUACCUGAAUGCCAUUGGAGAGAGCACCGUGGCCAAGUUCAGCUUCCAGAUGUUUCAGUUUGUCGGUUACCCCGAGGUGUUCCUGCACUGCCGCGUCCGGCUCUGUCUCCCCGAUGGCCCGGAGCCCUGUGCCAAGCAAUGCCCCAGGAACUGGAGGAGCAAGCGGGCGCUGGCCGAUGACGACAAUAAGAUUGUCUCCUACGGGCCCAUCCACCUGAUGGGCACUCCUCCCCCGGAGGCAGAGAUGCGCCGUUCCAGGACUGAGCAGCAGGACCCGAGGGGACCCAACCUGUGGCUCCCCGGGGCCCUCAUCGUGCUGUUUGUGCUUGGUGUGGCCGCUGCAGCCGUUGCUGCAAGGCGGCGAGCGGCGUAG